GCCAUCAUUGUUCUCUCCCCAAAUUACGCUUCUUCCACUUGGUGCUUGGAUGAACUCUCAAAGAUUCUUGAAUGCAUGGAAGACACCAAGAGAAUUCUGCCAAUCUUUUAUGACGUGGAUCCUUCCCAUGUACGAAACCAAAAGGGGAGUUUUGCGGAAGCUUUCACUAAGCAUGAAGAAAGGUUUAGUGGAGAUGCAGAGAAGCUGAAUCGGUGGAGAGCCGCUUUAAGAAAUGUUGCCAAUCUCAGUGGCUUAGAUUCAAAAAAUUAUAAGUCAGAAGCAGAGCUUAUCGAAGACAUUGUCAAACGUGUGUGGAAGAAAGUGAAUCCUACAUUCACGUUGCUAGAUUCUGAAGAGAAGUUAGUCGGAAUUGAUUUUGCACUUGAUCAACUACGCUUGCAUUUAGCUCCCGAAGAAAAGGAUGUCCGCUUUAUAGGGAUAUGGGGGAUGGGCGGGGUAGGCAAAACAACCCUUGCUAAAUUAGUUUAUGAGAAAAUUUCCCAUCAUUUCGAGCAUCGCUGUUUUCUAUCUAAUGUGAGAAAGGGAGAGGUUUCUGAUCUAGGAAGACAGCUGCUUUCCUCAAUCUUGAAGAAAAAUUAUAUCCCAAGUUGGGAUGAAGGGGAGGGAAUCCUUAAGAACUUUUUAUGGAAUAAAAAGGUUCUUCUCGUGCUUGAUGAUGUGGAUCAACUAAACCAACUAGAAAAACUGGUUGGAAAUAAAAAAUGGUUCGGUGUGGGGAGUAGAAUUAUCAUCACAACUAGAAAUGAACGCCUACUAGUUGAGCAUGGUAUAGAGAAAAUGUACAAGGUCGUGGUCUUAAAGAAUGAUGAAGCUCUUGGGCUCUUUAGUCGACAUGCCUUUAAGAAAGAUCAGCCUGAGGAAGGUUUUCAGGAACUGUCUCAGCAUUUCCUAAAU